AUGGCGCGGGGGUUUGUGACCGACGCCGCGCGCGCGUUUCGCGAGCGGCGGGGCGAGGACGGAGAGGGCGGAGAAGGCGGCGACGACGGCGGCCGCGCGAUGAUCAGAGUGCGCGGGUUCCCUCCGACGGCGGGGGACGCGUUCGUCGCCGCGCUGACGCGUCCCGACGACGACGCCGACGACGACGCCGACGCGCGCGAGCCGUGCGUCGCCGCAGCGAAGGACGCGACGCACGGCGUAGACGUCGUCGUCGUCGCCGGGCGCGCGUACGUCUCGAUGUGGAGCGCGACGGCGCCGUGCGAAGCAGAAGCCGGCGACGACGCGGACUUCGCGUCGGCGGCGUCGACGCGCGACGACGACGCGCCCGGCCCUCCCUCGCCCCCGCCGCCCGGCGUCGCGACGCUGCGCGAUCUGAUCUACCACUGCGAGUCGAUCAAGACGCGUCGCGAGCGCGAGGCGCCGCCGUGCCGCGCGUUCUACAAGCUCCAGGAGGCGUGCCUUCGCGCGCGCGUGACGGUGGAACGCGAUUGGCGGUGCGUCGACGUCGGCGCGUCGCCCGGCGGAUGGACGCACUACAUCGCGCGUCGCCUCGACGCCGAGCGCGGCGGCGUCGUGUACGCGAUCGACCCGGGCGCGAUCGCGAUCGACGGCGCCGGCGCGUCCCUCCCCGCGUGCGUGACGCACCUCGCGAUGCGCGCGGAGGACGCGUCCGACGCCGUCGACGACGAUUUGAGAAGACGCUUCGGAUCCGUCGGACGCGGAGAUGGUUCGGGAGAUGGUUCGGCGGGCGCGAACAUUAGGCUGCUCGUGUGCGACGCGAACGCGCCGCCGCGCGACGUCGUCGAGAUUCUGCUGUCGCUGACGGGGAAGCUCGCGACGGACGAGAAGGGCGCGACGCUGGUGACGACGUUUAAAAACUUUUGCCGCGGGUACGGCGAGUGGGAACGACAGAUCGAGGAGGCGGUCGCGUCGCUCGAGGCGCGCGGGUUUCGAGACCCGCGGUUGUUUCACUUGUUCUCGAACUGCGCGCAGGAGAAGACGCUCGUGAUGCGGUACCCGCGCGCGGGGGUAAGUACGUAGUAGACUAGCUAGGGAAUAGAUGAGGGUAGUAGACU